UAUAUACACCCACAAUCUUCAUUACCAUAAAAACCACUUCACUCCACACUGAACACUUUCGAUCAGAAACUAUUUCUUUUUACCUAAUUAACCCAAAAGAACAUAAAUUUAUCAGUUUAGCCCCCUAGAAAUCAAGAAGCAUGCUAAAGAUGGAGAUUAACGGUAGCACUUCGACGGCUACACCUACUGCCUCCGCCGUCGCUGUAGUCUCCGCGUCAGAAACAACCACUCCCGUCAGCUCUCCUUCUCUCACUUCUUCACCUCCGCCGUCUCUUUCGCCGCAGCAGCCGCCACAACCGCCGGUGGUGCUAAGUCCUUGCGCGGCUUGCAAAAUUUUGCGACGGCGGUGCGCCGAGAAAUGUGUUUUGGCGCCGUAUUUUCCUCCGACGGAUCCGGCUAAGUUCACAAUCGCCCACCGUGUCUUCGGAGCUAGCAACAUUAUCAAGUUCUUGCAGGAACUUCCCGAAUCUCAAAGAACAGAUGCGGUUAAUAGCAUGGUUUAUGAAGCAGGAGCUAGGAUGAGAGAUCCGGUUUACGGUUGUGCCGGUGCAAUUUACCAUUUGCAGAGACAAGUGAGUGAGCUUCAAGCACAACUUGCUAAAACUCAAGUAGAACUAGUGAGCAUGCAACUCCAAAGAUCAGAUCUGCUAGAACUGUUUUAUAAAAUGGAACAAACAAAGUUAUCAGCACAAGGACAGCAGAAUAUGUCCUUUGAGAGUUCAUUUGAUAGUGGUGACGAGUUCAUUAGUAGCCCCGAUGAAGUGACCAAUGAUUUGGGAUUCCUUGAGGACACCAACAACAAUAACUCAUCAAUGUCGUGGUGGGUUCCUCUUUGGUGAUGAUCAUAACUUAUGGUAUUAUUAGCUCACUUUAAAGCGCUUUAGUGGUUACUUCCAUAUUCAUAUUAAAGACUUAGGAUAUGAUAUGGGAAGUUUUAAUAAUUUGUCUAAGUCAACCUAUCAUGUAUAAGCACGUAAGGGAACUGCUUCAAAUUUGUCAAACAUGUUACGUAUUAGUACUGUGAGGGAUAUUAGAUAAAAGAGAGGUUGUAUUGAGAUUCAAAGAAUCUUCUCCUAACGCUAAUGAGAAGGAGUUAAUUG